CAUCCGCGCCCGUCUCGGAUAUUGACGUGUUUACGAUAAGAUUUUCCUCUGAAGUUGCUUUCAGUUGAGUACUUGAAACUUAAGUGUGAAAUUGUUGUGCAGUUGUUUGUUUGGUUAAGACUGUCGUCUGGCUUGAUAGCGUAGAAGAUAGUCGGACUGUUUCUGUUCUAUAAACUUUCAGAACAUGUGAUAUCAAGUUGCCAUGGAAGAGGAGAGCACAGCCUGCCCCGGCGAGGCCGGCCAGCUGACUGUCAACACACAGACAACUGAAGAUGUUCCUAGUACUGAAACAAAGCCCGAAGGAGACAGCCUCGCCACUAAUGUUACAAAUGUAGAUAAUAAAGACGGGAGUGAUGAUAAUAAAUGUAAUGAUGAAAGCGAAAGUGAAAUUAAAAAAGAAGAGUGCAAAGUGAGUGUUGACACAAUAAAUACGGAAGGCACCACGCCACUCAAGGAACUUUUCAUUGAGCAAGAGCCCACCGAACCAAAUGAUGAUGCAAGGUCGUUGGGUGACCUAGAUAGUUUGCCAGUGGCAGACGAACUGGCUCUUGGCGCCGCUGGCAGUGACAGUGGAGUCGAAGGCUGCGGUCGUGCGCUCAGUAGUGGCGGGGGGUCCAGGUCGUGCGCCUCUAGUGUGGUCUCGUGUGGCUCUGGUUGUGGGUCUGAGAGCUCAUCACUUGCCGGCGCACCGCCGCGUCCACGUCGACGCGUCAAUGUCAACGUCGCUGAGCCAAAACGAAGCUCACCUGUCAGCUCGGGAGCGCCACGACCCGUAACGGCGCCUCGCGGCCCCAACCUGGCCACCCGUGAACGUGCUAGGAGUCGAGAGAAACCAACACCACCUGAAAAGCCGCGACCACUGACACCUAAACCACGAAUACGGCCUACAGCUGACUUGCCAAAUCUUGUACGCGAGAGCCCCGCGUUACGUGCGAAGCCUACCAAAACCUCGACAGCGCGGUGCCGGACACCAAACUCGCCAAGUGAAGAAAAAAGAUGGCCAGCCAAUGGACCGCGGUUGACGACAGUAGCCGAUGUAAACGCCACGAGAGCGACAGCCGAUAAAUAUGCGACACUACCUCGUAGAAGACGUGAUGCGGAACCUGAUGGAUCUCCUAAACACGAGGGAACUCCUCCCUCGUCGAGACGUCCAACCGUGACACGGUCAGCUUCUUCACGCUCCACCAUCAAGACACGGGUACGCAUCUACGCCGAGAAAACCUCGCAGACAGUGCUGAAUGGCACCGACAUCGAGUCAGCGUUGGCUGGGAUAGUGCCAAAUAUUGAAAAUCAUGUGGAAGUAUCCCGCUGUCACCGAGGCGUGCAGGCGAGCGCGCGGGAUACUGAAGCAGCACGGCUGGCGAAUGCGCUGGCGGCCGCCGCGGAGGAGCGGGAGCGGCGGCAGCGGGCCGAGGCUCAGCUUGCAGCGGAGCGGGCGGCACGGCUCGCUGCCAUCGCAGAGCUGGACCGCAACUCACAGAGGCUGUUAGAACUCGCUGGCGCUGGCGCCGGCGCUGGAGCCGACGGCUGUCUCCGAGCGCUGGAGGAACAACUGCGGUCCGCGGGCGAGCUGGCGGCCCGGCAGAGCGCCGAGAUAGAUGUACUGCGGGAACAGUGCAAUAAGCUCCACGUUGAGGCGUGCGGUGCCCGCGAGAGCGCUCGGCUGGCCGAGGCCCGACUCGCCGAGGCCGAGCGCGAGGCUGCAGAGAUGCAGGACUUCCUCGCCGCCGAGACUGGCGCGCUCAGCGACUCUUUGCGAGAAGCUGAAGCUGAACUCGUUCGGGUCAACGCUGAUUUGGAACGAAGACGCGCGGAGUGCCGGCAGUUGGUCCGCAUGUGUGAGCAGCGGCGGCAGGAGGCGCUGGCGGCGGCGGCGGCGGCGCGCGGCCGCGGGGGGCCCGCCGCCCCGCCGCGCGCGCUCUCCGCGCUCGACGCGCUCGCCCUCCGGCUGUCGCGCCUCACGCGCGCCGUGCGGCUCGCAUACACGCUACCACCCGACCAGGAGCCCACCGUCUACCACAACGAACUAUACAGUCGCAGCGACAGUGGCGAGGCGCUGUCCCCCGAGGAGGAGGUGACGGGUGGCGGCCUGCUGGCCAACGUGGCGCGCGCCCUGCGGAACGACGCGCCCCCUGCGCCCGCGCCCCCUGCGCCCGCACAUCCCGCGCCCGCGCCCCCCGCGCCCCCGCAACCACGUGACGACGAUCGCUCACACAUCUCCGACGAUAAUGACAACUCCGCCGAUCUACUAGACUCCGAAACUGAACCCUGUCUCGUUACUGACCCUGACUGCGCUGAAGAAUGGUGGUCAGGCGCUGAAGGGGCGGGUGCGUGGAGCGGUGACGAAUUGUCACCUGAGAGAGAUUUCUAUGUGGAUGACAAAGAGGCGGAGUCGGCGUCGGUGUCGGAGCGCGAGUCGCUGCGCGCGCUGUCGGCGGCCAUCUGCGCGCGGCAGCGCAUGGAGGAGGGACGGGCGCGCGCGCGGGGCGCCGUGCUGGCGCGCGCGCUGUGCGUGGACGCGCGACUGUCCGCCCUGCUGCGCGCCCUCGCCGCCGCCGCCGCCGCCGCCGCCGCCGCGGGCGACUCGCGCGCCGAGACACUCGCCGCCGCGCUACGGGAGAAAAUCGACAUAACAGAAAAGAACGUAGCCGAUGUAGUUGUGAAACAGCUAGCUGAGUUGGAUGCCAGUAAGAAUAUGAUGGACCAGUAUACGCAGUCAGUUGAUCCGCUCAACAAGCAGCGGGUACCGGCCGAUGAGGAGGAUGAUAUAGAAGCUCUUGAAGAGGAGCUGUCUGCGUGCAGCGAGAGCGAGCGACGCGCGCUGUACGUGUCGCUGGACGCGGCGCUGGGCGCGCUGGGCGCCGCGCCCGCGCGCUGCCCGCGUCUGGCCGCAACACGCGCGCGCCUCGAGCGCCUCGCCUUCGCCCUGGCCGCGCCCCCGGCGCCCCCGCCCAGCGCGCCCCCAGCCACGCUGGCGCCCCUGCAAAGCACAGCAUAACGCGCACAAACCACGCCUCGCAUUGCUCAAUCACACGCAGAGCUGACCGACGCGCCAUCCGUCCCAUAUCGGACAAUAAGGACGUCGUUCCCGGCUCUGAUCAAUUUUUUGAGCUUCCCCCUUUACAUUAGUUAUGCUCUCACGCACGUGCCACCCUCGUGACCCCUGAUAAUACUUCCAUUUUGUCAUAUAUUGUAGGUAAGGAUAGUAAGAGACUAGUGUUCAUGAAUUGUUAAAUAUGUUGCGGAGCUUAUGUGUGCCCUCCGCGGAAGUACGUCAUCCGUCCUACUUAGUCUGUUACUAGAAUAAUAGGACCGACGUGCACAAACAAUACUGGAGACUUAGGUAGGUACUCGCACUAAAAUUAAACGUAGAAAGAUUAUUUAAAAAUCGGUCUAGUCGGAAAGUUGUUCAUGCCCUCUUUAAUAGACCAAAUUAACAACGGAUGUUUGUGUUUUAAAUUGCUAACAUUGUCUUAUCUCCUGCUAAUAAU